UUUUUUUUUUUUUUAGUUUCGUUCACUUUUUUUAUUCAUUUACACAACAAAUGGUGGCCGAUUCAGACAACAUUAAACAACUCAAUUCAUACUUGAACUUCAAAUCUCGUAUAAAGAUUACAGAUGGAAGAACAUUUAUUGGAACCUUUGUUUGUAUCGAUAAGCAAAAGAAUAUUAUCCUUGCACACACUGAAGAAUUCCGUGGAGCUGAAAAAAGGAUGGUUGGUCUUGUCAUGAUUCCCGGUAAACAUCUAGUUAAAAUCGAAACAGAAGACUUGGACGUGCCCAAUUCAAUGUACACUUAAUAAUAAAUUAUACCCCCAAUCAUCCCUUGUAAUAUAUAUACAAUUAUCUUUGUUUAUUGAUAUUUAUUGAUCAUCUUUAUGCUCUUGUAUUAAGUGGGACCAAGGAUCUUUAGUAAUGGUAGGUGAAUAAUAGGCUGAAAAUCUUGCUUCGAUCGCCUCUGGAGAAUAAUCAACGUCUGUAUAUUGUUUACUAUAAUGAUUAUUGUUAUGAAAUCCUCCUCCUCCUCUUCCUCUUCCGCCUCUGUUAAACCCACCACGGUUUCCACCGCGACCUCUUCCACGACCACCACCUCGUCCCCCUCCGAAUGAAUGGAAUGGUUGUUCAGACAUGUUUUUCGUUGAUUAUGAAAAAAAUUGAAAAAACAACAAUUUUCGGAGAGGCAGCGCACUUCACAUUAAAAAAAAAAGUGCCAUUGAAACUGCGCUAAAUGACACUCAUGCCUUUUACUUCUUAAGAGCAGUUACCUUUCAUCAUUAUAG